AUGUAUGUUGUUGUGUUGUUAUUCGUAGUGGCGCAGACGGCCUGCUCUACAGAAAAUCUUGACACAAGUGAACACGACAAGCGGGCUCUCUCCUCAUUUGAUACUUUAGCCGGUAUCGGGCUUGGCAAAAGAGCACAGCUCAGUUCUAUCGACUCGCUAGCUGGAUUAGGUCUCGGAAAGAGAGCGCUGAGCUCAUUCGACACAUUAGGUGGAAUCGGACUUGGGAAGCGAUCUUUCGUAGUAGUAAAGAAAGCAGUUAGCAGUUUUGACACACUCGGAGGAAUUGGCCUUGGAAAAAGAAGCGAAUUAUUCAGGGGCGACAAAAAGUCGUUAAGUAGUUUCGACACUCUCGCUGGCAUCGGCCUUGGCAAGCGGAGCAGACCACUUACGCAACAAUACUACAUCCCCUUCCGAGGUAUUAUGGUGAGCGCAAACCGAAAAGAACAAGAUUGA